CGCCGCCUGCGCUUCCUCCGGCGGCAGCCAUCUUGCCACUCCCUGCGCUCAGAGGCUCGCAUUGCGGAAGGAGGAAGCUCGGCUUGACGGCGCAUCGGCGGUUCCGCCUCUGGCUGCUCGGCUCGCACCGUCGUUCUUGCCGUCCUUUUCGCCCUUCGCGUUGCCGUCUGAUCCCCGGAGAUGGCAGGACGAUUGCCGGCUUGCGUGGUGGACUGCGGCACCGGAUACACGAAGCUCGGAUAUGCUGGUAACACAGAGCCUCAGUUCAUCGUUCCGUCAUGCAUCGCUAUCAGAGAGACGGCCAAGGUGGGGGACCAGGCCCAGAGGAGGAUGAUGAAGGGGGUGGACGACCUGGAUUUUUUCAUCGGGGAUGAGGCCAUCGACAAGCCCACUUAUGCAACGAAGUGGCCCAUCCGCCAUGGCAUCGUGGAGGACUGGGACCUAAUGGAAAGGUUCAUGGAGCAGGUCAUCUUCAAGUACCUACGCGCUGAACCGGAGGACCACUACUUCCUGUUGACCGAGCCCCCCCUGAACACCCCUGAAAACCGGGAGUACACAGCCGAGAUCAUGUUCGAGUCUUUCAACGUGCCGGGUCUGUACAUCGCAGUGCAGGCGGUCCUCGCCCUGGCAGCCUCCUGGACCUCCAGGCAGGUGGGGGAGCGCACGCUGACUGGGACGGUCAUAGAUAGCGGUGACGGUGUCACCCACGUCAUCCCUGUGGCGGAGGGCUAUGUGAUCGGCAGCUGUAUAAAGCACAUUCCCAUCGCGGGCCGUGACAUCACCUACUUCACCCAGCAGCUCCUGAGGGAGCGGGAGGUGGGGAUUCCCCCGGAGCAGUCGCUGGAGACCGCAAAAGCUGUCAAGGAGCGCUUCAGCUACGUCUGCCCAGAUUUAGUGAAAGAAUUCAACAAGUAUGACACGGACGGAUCCAAGUGGAUCAAGCAGUACACGGGGAUCAACGCCAUCAGCAAGAAGGAGUUCACCAUCGACGUGGGCUAUGAGCGUUUCCUGGGGCCAGAGAUCUUCUUCCAUCCAGAGUUUGCCAACCCUGACUUCACUCAGCCCAUAUCGGAGGUCGUUGAUGAGGUGAUCCAGAACUGCCCCAUUGAUGUCAGGCGCCCUCUGUACAAGAACGUCGUCCUCUCUGGAGGCUCCACCAUGUUCAGGGACUUCGGCCGCCGUCUGCAGAGGGACCUGAAGAGGACAGUGGACGCCCGGCUGAAGAUGAGCGAGGAGCUCAGUGGCGGAAAGCUGAAGCCCAAGCCUAUUGAUGUCCAAGUCAUCACUCACCACAUGCAGAGAUACGCUGUGUGGUUUGGAGGAUCCAUGUUGGCUUCUACUCCGGAGUUUUACCAGGUGUGCCACACCAAGAAGGACUACGAGGAGAUGGGGCCCAGUAUCUGCCGUCACAACCCCGUGUUCGGAGUGAUGUCCUAAGCGGCCGGCGGGGCUCGCCUGGGAGACGGCUGGUGGAGGGUUCUGCUCAUGCUUCAAGUUCUCUGUUGCUAGGGACGAGCCUCAAGCCCCAAAAUACACAUCGAGGACCGUAAGGUUUCUAAAUCAGAACAGAACCAAAUGCGAAUCAGGCUGGGAAAUUGUAGCAGAAGUUCUCUCCGGUGCGGAAAAUGGCUUCUAAGCCAAAACCUAGAUGUUUAUUCUUCACUUCUGCAGAGAUACAUUUGGAUGGGAAAAAAAAAGUAAUGAUAAUGGUCAAUUUCUAAAAUGCAGUGUUUGGUAAUGGAAAAAUGUGCUGUUCUUUUUUCUUUUUUAUAAUUUUGUACAUCCAGAUCCUUACAGGGUUCAAAUAUAUUUACGCAUCUGCUCCCCCCCUCCCCCUCCCCCAAGUGCACCGUUCUGUCUGCAGGGUGAGAAUUUUAUAUUUCAUACGACGUUUUUAUACAUAAACCUGGGGACGUCUGGAGACCUAAAAUGUGACCAGCAGUGAUCUGGUUGUAAUUCCUGAAUACAUGUGCUUUUUCCUCCUAUAUUUGAAUUUCACCCCCCCCAUUAAGACCACUCGUUAAGGGCUCCAGUACGUGUUCUGCAUCGUUAGCAUACUUACGAGGCCAACUGCUUUGACUUGGCCUCUAGUCCUCUCUUUUUGCCCUCUGCCUCUGUUUGUUUUACUGCAGACUUGAUACUAAGCAAAAAAAUACCGAUGAUAAAAUUUAAACACUUAAGAAGCAAAUUUUUAAGGGACCAGAAUUCUGUAAUUAAUCCCGCAGAAUGUUCUAACGAAGGCAUUUAGCUAUUUUGCUCCUUGAUGCGUCAUCUUCCUCUUCAGAUUGGCAUUAAAUACCCGUCGCGUGGACAGCCCUGUUGUCAUUCCGAUUGGACCGUGCGUCAGUGAUUAAAUCCUCGCCAGGCCAGAAAUGCUUUUUGUCCCUCUUGUGCGAAUAAGAACAACUGCGGCCAUCUAAAUGCAGAGUGAGGAACAUCUUGAAAACGUCACCUGUAUGCUGCCAUUCCGAGAAGAGAUUAAAUUUGUUCAACUUUGUUCCCCA